CCACGUGAGUGAUUUUAUGUUUUUGUUUUGGUUUGCAAAAUCGAAUAUGAUUGACUAUAAUCUUUCUCAAAUUACCGACUUAAGUGAAAUUUGAUUCCAGAUAAUAAUCUUUGUUUUGACACGCUUCAUUUAGAUUUUUUGCUGAAACCCAUAAAUUUUCUCUCUCUUUCAUCACUUUUGGAAUGCUUAAGGGAAAAUAUACAUUACCUGUUUGUGUCCUACUUCAGCUAGUUCUGUCACUUUGAACGAAAGAAUAAAAACAAAAUGUGUUUUUAAUUUCUUAUUACUGCUUUGACGUAUCGUUUGAAAGAAUGUAUGACCCAUUUUUGACCAGUCCCUGAUCUAGGUCCAACUAUUCGAAACUAAUAACAAAUUUACUUUUAUCGGUGGAAUGCCAGAACAGAUAAAAUAUAUGAGUGCUCUAUGGAUUAUAUUAUUUAAUUAGUAGUAAAAUUUUAUAAUAACUCACUGGUGUGAAUGAAGUUGUAGAAAAUAUUUUUGAACCAAACAUGACUAAAAUACGUCCUGAUCUUUACCUGGUCUCAAGAUUUCCAAAUAUUGCAGAAGAGUUGAAAAAGUGUUUACCAGAGGAAGUUAAUUUGAUUGUCGUUCCUAUUUCAGAUCAAUCUAAGCGAUGGGAUGUGGAAAUCAUACUGACGGAUGAGGAACUGAACUUCAUCAAAGAUGCCGAAACUCUUGUAAUGGACAGCAUGUAUUUGUCGCCGUUACUCUACAAAUUGCCCAAAGCUAAGUGGGUGCAGACCACGUGGGCAGGUGUUGAAAUGUUAAUGCAAAAUGUUGAUAAGACAAAGCCCUCGCCGAACUUUACACUGACCAGGUAUGUGGAUCCUUAUUUCGGAGAGCUCAUGUCGAAUUAUGUCAUAGCGCAGAUAAUAAACAUUGAAAGAGAUCUCUACGCCCUACACGACAAACAGAAAAGUUCGGAAUGGGCAAGACCAAAUUUUCCUCAUUCUCGAGUUAUUAGUGAUCUAAAAAUUGGAAUUCUGGGUUCUGGAAAACUGGGAUCAUCAGUUGGAAGUUUAUUAAGGAAGGCUGGAGCGUGGGUGUUUGCUUAUGUUCGAAGCGUUCGCACAGAGAGCUCAGAUGCGUAUGAUAAGGCAACUACAAAUUUGUUGGAUCUCUUAGAAUGUUGCGAUUAUUUAAUCAAUGUGUUACCAAGUACAGCGGAAACAAGAACUCUUCUGGACCCUGAUGUGUUCCGAAAUUGCAAAAAGAAACCUGUAUUUAUAAAUAUUGGUAGAGGGGAUAUCAUCAAAGAAAACAACAUCAUCAGAGCUUUGGAACAAGGAUGGAUUUCAAAAGCAGUUUUAGAUGUCUUUCAAAAAGAACCAUUGCCACCAGAAAGUCCUUUGUGGCAAAAUCCAGGGGUUAUUGUCACACCUCAUAUUGGAGCUAUUCCAAAAAUGAAUGGGAUAGCAGAAUUCAUAGGUCAAAACUACCAACGUUAUGUCCAUGGCGAACCACUGGCUAAUGUCGUGGAAUGGAUGAGAGGAUAUUAAAUGGUUUCUCAAAACCAAAGUGUUCGUUAUAUUUAAGAUGAAUUCCAUACAAUAAAAUUUUUUCACUGGUU